AGCUGCAGUACAGUCCUCUUCUUUCUCCUCUUCCUGAGAUCUAGAUCUGCACCAGAGGGCCCCCACUCCCCCCUUCAACCAGGCCCCCAGAGAUCCAUAACCCAGCCCCCCAAGUCCCCACGUCCACCUCCAGGAAAACCUUUAGCAUACCAUCACCCUCCCUGAAACCUACCCUGACCCUUGUCAAGAGUCUUCUGGAGACCUGAGCUAUGCGGAGUGUGGUCUGUCUCUGGCUGGGGGCAUGGCUGGGGAUAGCCCUGGGGACUACCCCAAGAUCUGCCAGUCUAUUGACCGUGCUCACCUCCAACCAAAGUUCUUUGGACCAGGAUGCCCUGGGCUCCCUGUUAAAUACACUGGCGGCCCGUGUGCACUGCCUAGAUGAGCCGUGUGGAAAGUGCAUAACCGUGGAGAAUGCCCUGGCCCUCUCGGGGCAGGGCUGGAUUCUGACUUCCCAGAAUGUGACCCAGUUCUGUGCCGGGAUCGCUCUCUACCUCAGGGAUCCAGAGGGCACUUGUGCUGCUAUCCAGGCUGGCAGCUGGGGCUCCCAGGCAGAGAGCUUCCUGGCUUCCUUGGCCUCUGCCGGAGAGCAUUACUCCAACAUCCUGAACCAACUUCUUCAACAGACCCUAGGGCACUACCAAGCAGAGCCAGGCGAGAGUUGUGUGGACAUGCAGCAGAUUUUGGAGGAAGCAGCAGAAGCCCAGGGGACUGAAGGCGAAGGUCCAAGUCGGGCUCUGGCUGCUCUCCUUGACCAUGCCCUAGCUGGGUCCUGCUUCCAUGUUCUGCCCAGUCCCCAGUACUUCAUCGAUUUUGUCUUCCGACUUCAUGGCAAUGAAUCACGGAACCUCACUCUAUCUGAGUUGCAGGCUCUGAUGAGCCAGCUGCACGUGGGGGGGGAGACUGAGGUCCAUUCCCAUAGCAGCCUUGAAGAGCACCAGCGCUAUCACAGAGAGUACAGCCUGGAAGGAAGGGCAGGCCGCCAGCUGAGGACACUGGGGGACUCUGACAGUGUAUGGGACACGGUAUGCCUGAGUGGCUCUGAUGUCCUGGAGGUGUAUGGGCUGUCCGAAGAGGAAGGUGUGUCCCCAGAAGCCUGGGCCCGGCUCAGCCCAGCCCUUGUCCAGCAGCAGCUCAGUGGGGCCUGUGAAACUGUCCACACCACCACCCAGGGGGACCUCACUGUCACUGAAAAAUACCUGUAUAGCUCCCUAGCCACACUGAUCAUCUGCCUCGCCUCCCUCUUUGGCCUGGUGAUUGUGUUCUGUGCCUCCUGCAAAGAUGUCUCCCACUAUGUCAUCCAAACCUUUCUGGGCAUGGCUGUGGGCUCCCUCACUGGUGAUGCUGUGCUUCAUCUCAUCCCUAAGGUGCUAGGCCAACAUUCCCAUGAGGGGGAAAGUGAGCAUGGGAGUCCUGAGCUUGUGUGGCGGCUCUUGGGUGCAUUGGGCGGCUUCUAUGCUUUCUUCCUCCUUGAGAACCUCUUCAACAUCUUCAUGUCGUGGGAUUCAGGGGACAAAGAGGACAGCGGCACCUGCAACCACAGCCACGGAAUGUCCCUGCAGCUGGUGACGGAUGAACUGUCACACCAGAAGCAGCAACAGCAACAGGAAGGCUCGAGGACAGACCUGGUUUCGGAUGAGAACCUAGAGCUUUCUGGUCAGGAUCACCAAAAACCAAGCCGAGAGCUGCGGCUUCUCCCCUACAUGAUCACCCUUGGAGAUGCCCUUCACAAUUUUGCGGAUGGGUUAACUGUGGGCGCUGCAUUUACUGCUUCAUGGAAGACGGGGCUGGCUACCUCCCUGGCUGUUCUGUGCCAUGAGGUGCCCCAUGAACUCGGGGACUUCGGUGCCCUGCUCCACGCAGGGCUGUCAGUGAGUCGUGCCCUGCUGCUGAACUUGGUCUCAAGCUUGACAGCCUUUGCUGGGCUCUAUGUGGCUCUGGGGAUCGGAUCCAAUGAGGAAAGUGAGCUCUGGAUCCUCGCAGUCGCCAUUGGGCUCUUCCUCUAUGUGGCACUCUGUGACAUGCUGCCAUCAAUGAUGAAUGUGAGGGACAAGAGGCCCUGGCUGCUCUUCUUCCUGCACAAUCUGGGGCUCCUGAGCGGCUGGGUCAUCCUGCUGGUGCUGUCUUUGUAUGAAGAGAACAUCACUUUCUGAUCCCAUGCUUGCCUUGUUGGCAACCUGACUGACAUGUGACCCUUCACUGUCCACCCUCUACUCUCUAACUCUGAACUGGCCUCAUCAUAACCCCCUGGUCUCUGACCUCUGACCCCUGACCCCUUCUGUCACCUUGCGCAAUGCACUAGACACUUUUCUGGGAUGCUCUUUGAUAAUUGCUAAGUUGAGGUGCCCCUAGGUGCACUCCCCACCCCUAUCACUCUCUGGAUUUUUCAGGAUCCUUUCAUUAGAGCCUCAGAGAGAAUUUCUACAAAGUUCUUUCAACACAUCCUAAAAUGCAUACAUAACUUCCACCAGAAGGGUGAGGAGGGGCUCAUCACUCACUGUCCCCUGCCCCCACUGCUUUCUAACCUCCAGUGACCUUGUGGUCCUAGACAUCAAUUUUGUGUUCCUGGUCCUCAGCCCCUCCUGCCUCUGGGAAUUCCUGCUGCACCCUUUAUGCUGGACACAGAGGAGCAGGGAGAACAGAAUAACCCAGGUUGAGUCCCAGAGAGGGCCUCUGCCACCACUUCAUGCAAAAUUUGUAAACCUGUUUUUUUUUCCUUUUUCUUGGCUGCUUUGGUCUGCCCUGCCCUUCACUGGGAAGGAGGAGGGGGAGAAUGAAAGGAUGGAGGGAGUCCAGUGUGGAAUGGGGAGCAGGGUGGAGUGGUGGACAGAUAACUCAAAGUCAGGAGGUUUGUGCUUAGAAGUUGGACAAAAGGCCCUAGCAGUUCCCUGCGGGCUGGCUUUGACAGUCUGAGUCCCUGAGAUGUAUUGAGGUUAGAUGAGUACAAUUCAUCCAGAAUGCUUACGGUCUUCACCGUUGGCAUUUAGAAGAGUCCAUGCCUCAGCUUUCUCCUUCCCUCCAGUUGCCCUAGUCAGGAGGCAGAGCUGGGAAUGUUCUCCCAUUAUGCUCAGGUGAGGUGCCACUGUGAUAGGGGAAGGACUGGAACCCACAUCUCCUAGGUUCUAGAUUGAGAGAUUCUGUCUAUGUCGAAAUAAAAGAGGGAGUGAAAUUGUGUGUGUUUGAGUGUAUGAAAAAUGACUAGUGAAAUAAUUUUAUAAGAGGAUUUCCUAAACAUGUAGGUGACCUUUUUGAAGUUAGACAAAAGAAUUCCAUGGUGAGAUAAUCGUAUGUGGGUCUAUAAACCUUUUCUGCAUCCUGGGUCCCUUUGGCAAUCUGGUGAUACCUAUGAACCCCUUCUCAGAAUGUUUUAAAAUGUAUAA